AUGGUCUAUUUGUUUAUCAACAUUGUUACAUCUCUAAAUAGCUCCACUGAUGAGUAUGCUCUUCUAGCUUUCAAAUCUCAAAUAACUUCCGAUCCAAAUAAAAUCUUGGAAAAAAAUUGGUCACAAGGAACCUCGUUCUGCAAUUGGAUUGGCAUUACUUGUGGCAGGAGACAUCAAAGAGUCAGGGGCUUGAAUCUAGCAGAUAUGGGUGUAGGAGGUACUAUUACUAAAGAAAUUGGAGAACUCUCUUUUUUGAGAUCCUUAAUUAUUAGCAAUAAUAAUUUUCAUGGGUUUAUCCCUAAUGAAAUUGGUAAGCUCAGACAGCUUCAAGAAAUAGAGAUGCAAUACAAUGUGCUAACUGGUUCCAUUCCACCAACUUUUGAAUUUCUUGAAAGUCUAUUGAAGUUAAAUAUCUCCCAUAAUGGACUCACCGGAAAUAUUCCUAGCAGGAUUUUCAACCUCACUUCUCUGAUUGAAAUUAGUUUUUGGAACAAUAGUCUCUUAGGAAGUCUACCUAUGGAUAUUUGCUUCAAUCUUCCAAAGCUAGAGAGGCUAAGGAUUUCAAUGAAUCAAUUGGGUGGUAACAUUCCUCCAAGCUUGGGAGCUUGUAUGAGUCUUAAACUACUUUCUCUGUCGUACAAUAAUUUUGUCGGAAGCAUUCCAACGGAAAUCGGGAAGUUGUCAAAGCUUCAAAAACUCUAUCUCAGACGAAAUAAUUUGACAGAAAAAAUUCCAAAUGAAAUUGGAAACUUAUUAGCACUUAUAUAUCUAGAUUUGGGGGACAACGGUUUCAAUGGGAAUAUUCCAAAGGAAAUUGGAUACCUAUCAGCAAUUGAAUAUCUGGAUUUGGAGUCUAACUCUUUGACUGGACAUAUUCCAAAUGAAAUUAGAAACCUAUCAGCACUUGUGUAUCUAGAUUUGGGGGACAAUGGCUUCAAUGAUAAGUAA